AUGGUGCUGGAACCCGGGGGGCCGUACCCUCCUCAAUGUUUUUUUUUUUGCCAACAUCUUGGGGUGGGCGCCGCGGACCCCCGAUGCCAACCACGGCUCGCCUUUGGCAAUGAGGGCUGUCCAAUCGCGGCGCCCAGCUUAUCCACAUCCAUCUCCCAGGGAAAAGCCAAACAAACUUCACACAUUGUUGUGGUGGGGCAGGCGGUGGGGUGCCAACAAACCAAAACACUUGUGCGACGAAAUGUUCUUGUUGUACUUACUUCUCUUUUUCUGUAUUUCCCAUGGAUCUCCUUUUCACACCACACAUGGCGGUAG